UCACUAUCUCACCCCCGUCGCCUUCUUUCCGACGGGAUAGAGAUCACGUGCGUAUCCUUUGAUGGUCCCAACGUCUCCGUCGGAAAAGGUAGCAAUGUGCCUUCAUGUGCACCUUUCCGUGGAGAAGGACGGGUAUCCAGUUACCUAUAUAACUCCCAAAGACCCAGCACGAUGAAGAACAUAAAAACUCCAAAACAUCCUCUAUCUCAAUCAUCAACACAGCUGCAGCCAGACAGAUACCAUGGCUCCUCUAUAUGCAGACGCCAGCAUUACCCAGCUCCAGCGCGAUGCAGAUGAUUGUUUGCUUACAUAUGGAACCGCAUUUCAUCCCGAAAUCAUCACCUCGACCAAUGGCAUCAACGUGGUGACUGCCUCAGGUCACCGAAUGAUGGAUUUUACCUCAGGACAAAUGUCUACUCUAAUCGGACAUGGCCACCCUGAGGUCGUGAAAGUGAUCGCAGAGCAUGCACAGCAUCUCGAUCAUCUCUUCAGUGGGAUGCUGAGCCCUCCCGUAAUAAACCUUGCAAAGCGUCUGACUGGUGUCGCGCCUGCUGGACUUGACAAAGCAUUCUUCCUAAGUACAGGCGGAGAAAGCAACGAGGCCGCUAUUCGAUUAGCCAAAUUCUAUACUGGUAAAUGGGAGAUUGUUGGCCUGGCUGCCUCGUGGCAUGGUAUGACGGGUGCAUCGCUUGGUGCUCAAUACCAUGCUGGGCGUUCUGGUUACGGCCCCAAUAUGAUCGGAAACCUAGCACUGCCCACCCCCAACUCCUAUCGUUCGAUAUUCAGACACCCAGAUGGUACGCAUGACUGGAAGACAGAACUGGACUAUGGCUUUGAUCUUCUGGACAAACAGUCAUGCGGCUCGCUUGCAGCAGUCAUCAUUGAACCCAUAUUGUCAAGUGGCGGUAUGCUAGAGCUUCCACCUGGGUACUUGAAGGCAUUGAAAAUGCACUGUGAAGCACGAGGUAUGCUUCUCAUCGUCGAUGAGGCACAGACUGCACUCGGAAGAGCUGGUGACAUGUUCGCGUUCACACACCAUCCCGAAGACGAGGGCGCCGUACCGGAUAUCCUGACACUCAGCAAGACGCUUGGAAAUGGAAUACCACUCAGCGCCAUCAUGACAUCGAACCGCAUCGCUCAGCAUGCCAAAGACAACGGUUUCCUGUUUUACACUACGCACAUCAACGAUCCUCUUCCAGCUGCUGUUGGCGAUAAGGUUCUUGAGGUUGUCAUCAGAGACGAUCUCUGUGCUCGUUCCAAGAGACUCGGUGUCAAGCUUCAAGCUGGACUAAGACAAUUACAGUCACGAUACGGUUGUAUCGGUGACGUACGUGGCCGAGGCCUCAUGGCCGGCAUGGAAGUGGUUAGCGACAGGAAAACGAAGGUUGGCGCCCCGGAAGUCGGAGCUGCAGUGUCAAAAAAGAUGGUAGACAUGGGUCUUUGGGCCCAACUAGCGACAAUGCCAUCUUUUGGUGGGGUGUUCCGGAUUGCGCCUCCCAUCACUGUCACGGAGGAGCAGCUCGACCUCGCUCUAUCGAUCAUCGAAGAAGCUUUGAGGACAACUCCGGGUACAAUGCCGUUAUACACUGAUGUCGAUCCUGGACGUUCGUUGGAUUGAACAUGCUAUCCUGUGGAGGGUACACUUAGAACCGAAUACUGGCUCCUUCAUUAGCAGUAUGAAUGCUAGCUAGCAGCUUUCUCUCAGGCAUCUAGGGGAUUUUCUGAUAGAUUAUGAGACCUGCCUUGCGGAUGCUGAGCAAGUAUUGAAACUUCAUUCGCCGAUCUUCGUCGCUUGUGAUCUCUUGGUGAAGCUCGACUAAAGGGUGCUGGCCG